AUUAAAAUUCAGAAAUUCAAAUUUCAAGCAGUUAUUGUCGCGUCGUUGUAAGUGCAAGAAGGCUGGUGUAAGAAAAAGAAAAGAAAGAAAUAGGAGAAUUUCUAAAAGUUAAUUCAAUUGAAAAAUAUACUUCAAUUGUUCUUGUUAUAUUUGUUAUAAAAAGUAUUAAUUGUUUAAAAAAUAUUAUAAUUUUAAUAUUUACAAAAUAAAAUGGAUCCUUUCACUCAGCGCAUGCUUGAGAAAGCGGAACAGCGCAGUCGUGCCCUUGGUAUAAGUAAUGCUAGUAAAUAUCCGCUAGCAGAUGCAUCCUCGGACGUUAUUGCCUCUAACGCAUUAAUGCCAAAUCAGCUUAAAACAAAUCAAAAGGAACGAAUACAAAAACAACCACAACAGCCGCAGCAAAAAACUAGCGUAAUAUCUGCUUCAAGCAUUGGCGGAAAAAUAAUUGAACGAAUUCCUGCAGAUGCUUCUAAAAUUCCUCCAAACACCGUAGUAAACUUUUCCAAUGUGAAUAAGGAAAAUGUAGAUUUGGGAAUAGAAAUUAAUAUUAUGACAAAUAACGAUGUAGAGGUACAAGUUGAAGUAGAAGAACGGGAUAUAACAGAUAGUGAAGAAGAUUGUGAAGAUAACAGUAAGCUACCAAAAGAAGCAAUAAAUCAACCUUUAGCCAAAAUACGUGAUACUUCACGUAAUCGUUUGCAGAGGUUAGGUGCACUCUACUCGAACACUGAUGAUUUAUCGUCUCCAAUACAUCGGACUGAAGCACAGUUUCAUGCUGGUUCCUCUGAUGAUGCAUGUUUAAAUGACAGCCCCUCAAAAUCGAAACAACGGUAUGGUAGACUUGCAGCUUUAGCUAACUCUAUAAACCAAUGGGAAGAUGAUACACAGCAUCAUCAUAUAAAUACAAUUCCACCACCAAAACCUGAUUUACCUAGUAGAAAACUUGCAGACACAGCUAAAAAUUGUCAAAAAAUAACACAAUCGCAGGCAACAGUACCAAACCAAACUACUGAAGAAGUAAAACAAAAUGACUCCUGUGAUCGUAUUAGCAGCAGUAAAACUAAACAGCUUAAUUGGGAUCCCAAGGUUAUAAAUUCACUUGAAGCACAAGGUUUUCAGAGACGAGAAUCCACAACAACUAAGCUAGCUUACGAUUAUACAAACAAGGAAUGUAAUGUGAACCGAGAGAGAGACCUCGAUAAACAACAAAAAGAACAAACAAAGUUAUGCACUAAUCCAGUUAAUAAUAAUAUAUCUAAAAACUUAAAAAAUACAGUAAAUGAAGAAUUAGAGAAACCAAAAUUGGCAAACGUCAAACCUGGUUUAGUCUCAGGACGUGCCGCUGUUUUUGAGCAUAAGGCCGCUACAGCAAAUCAACAAUUGCAGCGUCCACAGAAAGAUCCUACCGAAUUAUCGCUAAAGGAACGUUUGCAACUGUUUGAAAGAAAUAAAGGAGAAGCUCUUGUACCAAAAGCUGCGUUCGGAAUGGCACCUUCUAUUAGCAAGAUAUUGCAAGACAAAAAAGAGGAAGCAAAAUCAAUUACAUCACAUGCACAGAUAGCACCACCGGUUUGCAUUAAAUCAAAUGUUGGUGAUUGUAAAGUACGUGACAAAGUAGCCGCGUUGGUGGCAAACGCUAAAACAAUCUCAGAGUCUAAAAUUAAAGCUGACAUUUACAAACAACGUCAGGAAGAUAUGCAGAUAUUGGCGAAUCGAGCUAAUCAGCAGAAGGAAUUGUUUGAAAAAAAUAUGGAAAUCGAAAGCAAUACAAAAACUGUGUCUGCAGGAGUACAAUCAGAGUUUAUAAAAAAUAAAACUGCUGCUUUAAUAGCAGCUAGUAGUGUUGUACGUCCGUCGCCACCUCCACCACCACCACCAAUGCCUAAAUUUGUUUCCAAUCAAUUAACAGCCAAACGAAGAUCACCCGGAAAUACAAUUGACGAUGAAAGUAAGCGUGCUAAGAAAUCAAAUGUGCCGCUUUUAUCUUCACAUAAUAUUGAAGCAGUUCAACCUAAGAAUCAGUUAUAUCCUGCAUUAUCCGAUUUGGAAUCAAACGAUUCAGAAUCAUAUAUAGACAACUGCUGUACGACUGCAACCGUUUCUGCGGGUGACGCUGCUGAGGAUGAUAAUGAAAAUGAAAGUUACGUGGAAUCUGAGGAGGCUGAAGAUAGCAGCGUUGGGAUAUGCGAUGGUAGUUUGGGUAGAGAAAUAAUGCAAGUUGUAAAGCACAACGAACACAACAGCCACGAAAAACACGAACAAAUGCAGUCGAGGAGUACUAAGGAAGUUCGUUAUGCCGAUAACGAUUCAUAUUAUUAUGGAGGUGUUGACAGUUCAAUAAAUUCUUCGGAAGCUUCAGUGGGUGUUGAUGAUUACCUUGAUGCUGCUUUGGAUGAAAAUGAAGACGGCGACGAUGAUUAUUCACAAGAAAGUGAAUAUGAUGAAUGUAACCUAAGCUAUGCAUCUGGAAGAAGUAAGGGCACUACAACAUCUAACAGCUUUUCUUUUCGUAAAACCUCCUCAAAAAAUAUGCAAUGGGAAACAAUUCCAGAAGAAAACAGUGGCAUACUAUCAAAUACAACUAAAAGUCAAGCAGAUACAAGUGUAAAUAGCAAUUUUAAACAGCCCAUAAAAUCGGAAUUAAGCAUUAAUCAAGAAGAUGAUAAUAUGGUAACUUUAGUGCAUACAGUUAGUUUCUACCGUCGUCAGCAAAAUAGCGCUAAUUCAACACCUGUGCGUAAAAUCUGCCGUGAACAGCAAGUACUGCGUUCAGCUAUUGUGGACCAUGGCAGCGCUGCUGCUAGGCUAAAUUUUGAUACACCACAAAAAUUUAAUGAAAAUGAACUAAGCAAAUUUGAACCUGAUGAUGGUGAGGUGCACACGGAGGAUGAAUUAGAUAAUGAUGAUUUAGUACAGGAAAAGAUUAAAAAAUUACUCGACGAAGUUUGUAAACAACAACAAGUGAUUGCACAGACAAGUCAAGCGUUGAAUUUAUGUGCAUCUACAAUAGAAUUUUCUGGUUCAGUGGAAUCUGUGGAGGGUGAACGGCAUUUAUUGGUAGCAACACAUCGUAGACAAGCAUGCUUAGAUGAAGUGCAACGUUUGCGUGUUGAAAGAAGUUUGCGCCCAUUAGGUGCACCUAAAGAAAAGGGUCGACUAACUGUAAAAGAUAUAACAUUUCGAUUGCGAGAAGAUUAUAUGCGUAAAUUGGCAGCAGGCACUAUAUCAGGUCAUCAUUUGCUAUGUUUGCUAAAGUACAAUGAACACGUUUUAGCCACAAAAACAGUGCAAACAUUCCCUGGAGCAUUGUCUGUACAAUUUAAUGAUGUUUUGCAUAUGAAUGAUGUUUACGCUGAUUUUAGGAUUACGUUGGAAAUAUAUGGUAUGACUGCCCAUCAUGAAGUUUUGGCGCACGAAGUAAAGUAUCACAUUAAUAUGAAUAAGAAGUGUGGAAUAAAAACUCCUAAAAAGAAGGGAGCUGAAAAUGUACUUGUUUUGCCGCCACGUCAGAGUCCAGCAGGACCUAAUGUGGUGCGCACACCGGCAUUAGUACAAUAUGCAUUCGCAAUAUUUUCUUUACGUGAAAUUCAACGCACAGAGUGGACAUUAACACAAGUGCUUGGUGUUAGUCCACUAGCUGGAGUUGUUAAAAUGAAAGUAAAUUGUGAACUUUCUGUAACUAUAAAACAUAAAGGAUUUUUAACAAUGUUUGAAGAUGUCACUGGUUAUGGAGCUUGGCAUCGUCGUUGGGCAUAUUUAAAUGGUACAGUGUUAAAUUAUUGGAAAUAUCCAGAUGAUGAAAAGAAAAAAGCACCUAUGGGCACGAUUGAUUUAUACACGUGCACAUCUCAAAAUGUGUCUGUUGCACCACGCGACAUUUGUGCACGUCUUAAUACAUUACUACUUGAAUGUCAGCGACCAGCAAAAGAAACGGACAAACAAUCAUUAAUUAUUGUGCCAAAUGGACGUACAACUACUGUAAGACAUUUGCUGUCGGCUGACACCAAAGAGGAACGGGAGGAAUGGUGCGCUUAUUUUAAUAAAACAUUGACAUUGAUACGCGCAUGGGGACCACCGCAAUAAAAUCUUUGAUAUAAAUAUCCUUAAUGCGAAAAAAUUAUCAAUAAUAUUAGUAGAGUUCUUUUUUAAACCUUUUUUAAACGUAUAAUGUUAAAAUGUACAUUUUUGGCAUUAAAAAUGCCUUCGCUGUAAUUUCCCUUAUUAGAAAUUAUGUUCAUGAUAGUAUUACUAA